AUGUGAGAAAAAUCUAGAGAGAAACGUCUCCUACCGCAGAGUCUGUGGUGAAUCUCUUAUGGCUGGUACUUCCAUGGAGGCUUCCACUGCUGCGGUUGCUUUGAGGACAGUCUUACACAGAGCUCAUCAAGCAGCAGAAAAAUCCGGUCGUCUUUCGGAUCAAAUUAAGGUGGUUGCUGUUAGUAAGACCAAACCAGUUUCCAUAAUCCGUCAAGUCUAUGAUGCUGGUCAUCGGGUCUUUGGUGAAAAUUACGUUCAAGAAAUCGUUGAAAAAUCACCCCAGCUUCCGGAUGACAUAGAAUGGCACUUUAUUGGGAAUUUGCAGAGCAACAAAGUGAAACCACUUCUGACUGCGGUUCCAAAUCUUUUCAUGGUUGAGAGUGUAGACGAUGAGAAGAUAGCAAAUCGUCUUGAUCAUGUAGUUGGAAGUAUUGGAAGAAAGCCUUUGAAGGUUUUAGUCCAAGUGAAUACGAGUGGGGAAGAAUCAAAAUUCGGUGUUGAGCCCUCAGGUUGUGUGGAACUAGUGAAACAUGUGAAGGAUGGCUGCCCAAACCUUGAGUUUUCCGGCCUAAUGACAAUAGGGAUGCUAGAUUACACUUCAACUCCAGAGAACUUCAGGACGUUAUCAAAUUGUAGAAGCGAGGUGUGCAAAGCUCUUGGAAUAAACGAGAAUCAAUGUGAGCUAUCCAUGGGCAUGUCUGGUGAUUUUGAGCAAGCAAUUGAAAUGGGCAGUACCAUCAUCAGAAUCGGAUCAACCAUAUUUGGUGCGAGGGAAUACCCAAAGAAAACUGAGAAUUAGAAGGUGAAAAGCAUGAAGGGAAUACUCGCAUCUCUGUGAAGUACAAACAAAAGUGAAAAGCAUUAUUACUUAAUCCAGGUCCAAUCUUGAGAACCUCCAAAGCUAACAUUUCAACAAAAGCUCUCUUCCAUUUUCAAAUGAUUGCAUAUAUAUCAAUUGGCGCAUGCAUUGAUAAUCUUCUGAAGCUGCUCUUGCAAUCUUCUGAAGCUGCUCUUGCAAACAAAAAAUAAGUCGCAAAUUUGUAGUCCAGAAAAACCUGUAAAUUUGAAAGUGUAGUAUCACAUACUUGCACUUUUUUUUUUGAUGCAAACAAACAAUGAAUUGAUAAAGCGCUGUCACGUGCAAUACAGUUUAGCAAGAAGUUAGGCCAA